AUGAAUUUAUCGUUAGCUUUCCUCUUUCUCUCCCAUUUACUUUGCUCUGUUCAGUCCUUACGUUUCAUUAUCCCGCGGGCGGAUCCUCCUCAACUCGGUAUCCAGAGAAGUACAUUCACCCAACAUACACACGGAGGAAAGUUAUACAACUGGUAUAUGUACUCAGCGGUGGUAACCUAUUCGGAUAACGUGAACACACUCUUCAAAGAUGACGCACAAGUUGCCGGUUUAGCUUACCAGGCGUUCGAAGAGGCCUUGAGGCUCAGUCAGGAUCCAUUCAGUGUCACUGGUGUUGCUGUGUUGCUGGUAGGCAAUCAAGCUAUCUUUGCCACCACUUUGAAGAACUUUGGAAACACUGGGGUGCUCGAUACAAGGUACCAAUUCCCACCAAACUUCUUCUACGAUAUUAUCCCGUCGAACGCAGCUUUGCACCAGCAGCUCCUUGCUUGCCAGAUAGCGUAUGGUGGCCGUAAUUUCAAACAUAUCCACAAGGGGAACUGUGGUGAGAUCGUUGCAAUGCAGAUCUGGCACUUGGCCAAUCCCGAGAAAGUCUGGCCAAAGGACGCCGGUGCCAGAACAGCUUUUUGGUCGAAUACAGGCCAGACUUGGCCUCCCUGCAACGCAAAUGAUGCCCCAAAUGCAUGGGGAUGUAAACAAUGGGCAGGUUAUAAUGGAAUUUCCUGGCCACAGAGAAAUUUCGUAGGCAAGGAUUCUGUCACAUUGAGCACACACACACCCGUUCAGUCAGUGUCAUACAAUAGUCUAUGGUGCGAAGGGUGGGAAGAGAGAGCGAACAACCGUCCACCUUCACCAGAUCUUGAUGAAGGUAUAGAUUCAGAUGAAUGGGAGGCAGCCAUGCAGGGCCUCAAUUGA